AUGUCCCCAUUUACGACAGCCGAACGCAUCCGCGCCGUGGAAGUCAUUAUCAACUAUGCGUUUCAUGAUAAAUCUCUUCUUGUGAAGGCCCUGGAAGCUGCCGGGGCCACCAUGGCCAGCCAGGGCAAUAAGCGGCUUGCGCUGAUCGGGGAUGCCGCCCUGAGGCUCGUUCUUUAUGAGUUUGGUUAUGAAGACGAAGCCUCCAUUCGUGAGGGCCUUCAAUAUUUAAUUCUUUUUUCAUUCCUUGUCUGA